AGCCCGGUAGGCUGGGUGGCAUUCUGCAGCAUUACGCUGAGACAGCUGACUGUGCUACCCCGGUGAGCUGGGAGGUCCUUCUAAGUGAUUGGUUUUCCUAGUCCUGCGCCAAGCGACCGGCGGAGACAUGAAUUACUCACGGUUCCUCACUGCAACCAGCAUUGCCAGAAAGCCUUCCCCCAUCAGAGCCACAGCUGACAUAAUGUCCAAAGCACCAAAAUCCCUCAUAUCUCUGGCUCCUGGAAGUCCAAACCCAACCAUGUUCCCCUUUAAGACGGCUACUUUCACUGUGGAAAAUGGAAACACCAUCCAAUUUAAAGAAGAUAUGAUCAAAAGAGCCCUUCAGUAUUCUCCAAGCUACGGAAUUCCAGAACUUCUAUCAUGGCUAAAACAGUUGCAAAUAAAGUUGCACAACCCCCCCACUGUCCACUACCCACCCACUCAAGGACAAAUGGAUAUCUGCAUCACCUCUGGCUGCCAGGAUGGUCUCUGUAAGGUGUUUGAAAUGCUCAUUAGUCCUGGAGACAUUAUCCUCAUAAACGAACCUUUGUAUACUGGAGUUCUUUAUGCUAUAAAACCAUUGGGUAGCAACAUUAUUAAUGUCCCCAGUGAUGAGCAUGGGAUUAUUCCAGAGGGUCUCAAAAAAAUACUUUCCCAGUGGAAACCAGAAGAUUCCAGGGAUCCCACGAAAAAGACUCCAAAAUUGCUUUAUACUAUCCCAAAUGGUAACAAUCCUACAGGCUACUCACUGACAGGUGACCGCAAGAAGGAAAUCUAUGAGCUUGCAAGAAAAUAUGAUUUCCUCAUAAUAGAAGAUGAUCCUUACUAUUUUCUCCAGUUCGAUAAGCCCUGGGUACCAACAUUUCUCUCCAUGGAUGUUGAUGGCCGUGUGAUCAGAGCUGACACCUUCUCAAAGAUCCUGUCCUCUGGGUUGAGAGUAGGGUUUAUGACGGGCCCCAAGUCCUUGAUAGAGAGGAUUGUUUUACACACACAAGUCUCAUCAAUGCAUUCCUGCACUCUCUCACAGCUCAUGAUAUCACAGCUUCUAUACCAAUGGGGAGAAGACGGCUUCCUGGCUCACAUAGACAGGUUGGCUGCUAAAAUAUUUGUGAGCAAAAUAGGAGCCCAGAACACAAAAGUUAUUGAUUUCUACAGGGACCAGAAGAAUGCGGUAUUGGAGGCAGCAGACAAAUGGUUAAGUG